GACACGGCGGGAACGCGCGGGACCGGGCACGCGCGGGCGGGGAGCGGCCAUGCUGGGCCGGCGCCGAUUCUUCGCCGUGGAGCCUCUCGGCGGCCAGGACAGGGCUGCCAAGGCCCUGGCACAUGGCUGCAUUGUGCCUGGGGUCACCAGUACCUAUAGACGGAUCCCAGACUUGGCUUGUGAGUGCAUGUGGGCCCUCCCAGGAGAGGGCGAGCCAGGGCGGCUUGAGAGGCAGGUGCUGCUUCCCAAGCUGGCCUCCCGAGACUCUGGGGUGGAGAUGGUGGCGGAGGAUAGCCCCCCAGCAACCGUCCCAGGACUUUCUCAGGACUUCCUGAACAUGGAGCCCUCAGGGAACCCUGAGCCCUCAGCCCUUGCUGCCCCGGAGCCCACUGGCCAGCUGGGCCAGCUGCUGGCCAGCCGCAAGUUGGAGCAGGUUCUGAAGCGGUCCCAGGCGCCUCCCCACUUGUCUGCACAGCACUGUGCCUGGCCACCACUGGCACCGAGCACCAGGCCUGGGUGUGCUCUGCCCCUGCUGGGAGCCAGACAGGAGCCCACCGAGGCAGAUGCUGAGCCAGAAGUGGAGGCAGAGGUGGUGGCAGUGGUACCCAGAGCCUGGGCCUGCCUCCCAGGGCAAGGACUUCGCUACCUGGAGCACCUGUGCCUGGUGCUGGAGCAGAUGGCGAGACUGCAGCAGCUCUACUUGCAGCUGCAGACCCAGAGGGCCCCAGAGGAGCCAGAAGAGGAGAAGCCAGCCCUAGCCCCCUCACCUUCCCUUUCAUCUGCCCCAGGCAGUGUGGUAUGGAAGUCAAAGGAGCUGCUAAGCCCAAAAGAGACAGGGACAGAGGCAACCACAGGCUCGAAGGUUGGGAUGCUCAGUGCCAACCCUCCCCGACUGCCAGAGGCCCCAGUGGAACCAACUGACAGCUUUCCGCCCUCACAGGGACACAAAGAUCCCUCCCAUUGGGACAAGAUCAAGGUCCUGCUCAACCGGAUCCACUGGAGGAGCUCUGGACACCCUGAGCCCUCGGUCCUUCCUGGUGCUUGUGGUCCCAGAACUGAGUCCAGGGACCUCCCUGGAAGUCCUCAGUGCCACCCCCAAAGGAAGACUUUGAAGCCAUCGUUAGUGGUUAAGAAACAACGAGCAAAAAACCUUUCUGUAUGCUGAGGCCUUGGCGCAGCUGGUGGCUCUGGCAAAGGGGAUUUGCUGCGGAGUCUUCCUUAUCUUUUCCCCUAUUGCGGCUUCUUGGCACUGCCAGGAAAAGCUACUGAUGUGUGCCCUUCUCCAAGGCGAGGACUGUGUGUCUCACCUGAGCACUGUGGCAGAGGAGCCCUAAUUCCUGGAGAGGUUCCAGGGCCUGGCAGCUUCAGAGCUCUUUUCCCCGAUAGAAAUCCCUGGGCCCAGCCAACACGAACAGUCUUAUUUAUCAUGUCUCAAUGGUCCUGGCAAGAGAAUGUGUCUGGGCUCAGCGUGUUGCAGAUGUGUGGUCACGCAUGAUGAUACAUCUGUAUGGGACUAUCAGGGUGGGUAAUGGCUGUCCCCAACUAUGCCUGCUGGCAUCACGCAUCCAGAGGGCUGGUAACCGGAAGGAUGGAGCUGGGCUUCAUUCCACACAGGGCAGUUCCGGAUCUGGAGUCCUGCCUUCCUCCUCGCGCCUGAACUGGCAGCUCCAGCACCAAGAAGAGUGCUGUCUUGGCUGCCUCUGUAUUAAAGCCUUGCACCUGGAACCCCGAGAGACUGUAGGAAGAAUGGGGAGGAACAGGGGAGGAUCAGGGACCACAUGGGGCACAGCAGGCUAACCUUCAGGGUCAGCUGUCAGUGGCUCUGCUCCGAAGUAGCUUUUACCUGUCACAGCUGAAACCUGAAGCUAGUACCACAUAGCUGUUAGACAAGGUCUCAACGUUUGAGCCAUGGCUUUCCACUUGGGAUAAUGCCUUACCUACCUCACAAACUUGUUAUGAGGAUAAAAUGAGAUGAAACUGUC